UCGUGCACUGCCUACGCCAAUUCGGACAUUAGGGAAGGUGGCUGCGGGUGUGUGAUGUGGAGGGGUGUUCUUGAUAUGCGGCAGUUCACUGCCGGGGAAGGCGGCCAAGAUCCAUACGUCAGAGUUUUUGCCCCUGAUUUAAUUAGGGAUGUUACCAGAAGGCCAGAAAAUAGCAGUGAAGAGACUGUCAAAUAAUUCUGGUCAAGGGACAAACGAAUUCAAGAACGAGGUCCAAUUGAUUGCAAGGCUGCAGCAUAGAAACCUUGUAUGCCUGCUCGGUUGCUGCGUAGAGAUGGAAGAAAAGAUGUUGAUAUAUGAAUGCAUGGAAAACAAAAGCCUAGACUUCAUUUUAUUUGACAAGGAGAAAUGCCCAUUGCUGGAUUGGCAAAGGCGCUUUAGCUUCAUCUGUGGGAUUGCUCGAGGGCUUCUCUAUCUUCACCAAGACUUGAGAUUUAGGAUCAUUCACAGAGACCUCAAAGCAAGUAACAUAUUACUUGACAGAGAAAUGAACCCGAAAAUAUCAGAUUUUGGCAUGGCAAGGAUUUUUGGAAGUGAUCAGACAGAAGCAAAUACAAGAAGAGUUGUAGGAACAUAUGGAUACGUGUCUCCAGAAUAUUCAAUGGAUGGGCUUUUCUCGGUGAAAUCCGAUGUUUUUAGCUUCGGUGUACUGGUUUUGGAGAUAGUAACUGGCAAGAAGAACAGAGGAUUCUAUAAUGCUGACCUUGAUCUUAAUCUUCUCGGAUAUACAUGGAGGCUGUGGAGAGAAGGUAAAGGGCUGGAACUUAUUGAUCCUGCAGUGAGGGAUUUGUAUUCGCCAUACGAGGUGGCUCAAACCAUACAAGUGGGACUAUUGUGCGUGCAGGAGCGAGCAGAAGACAGGCCAUCCAUGUCAACUGUGGUGUUGAUGCUGAGCAGUGAAAAUGCUUCACUGGCUCAGCCAAAACACCCUGGUUUUUGCUUGGGAAGGAACCUUUUGGAAAAUGACUCGUUGUCCAACAAGCAAGACAAGUCGUGCAGUGUGAAACAAGUCACAGUCACGAUAACUGAAGGCCGAUAACGGCUGGUCAGCAGACUAAAGAUUCCUCCAGGAUAUGCGAGGAUUGAGAUUUUCUGGGUAUACGUAUACUUCCAUUGCUUCUCUUUUUCCCUUUAUUUUUUUUUUUUUGAAAGAGUUGAGACACGACAAGGGUCAAAGAUAAGAUCCUCCAUUUAUGCAACCACCUAUAAAGCUGCUUGCACUUCUUUGAAACUUCGCUUUAUUACACCAAAUUCAAAAUGAUUUCAUCACACUUAGUGAAUCAAUUUCUUACGGAUAGGCAUUUAGUUUACCAAACAAAACAGGGAAGAAUAUUGUCACUUUCAUGCUAAUGCUUCCAAGGCUGAUCUUCCCAGUUUGACAACUUGACAAGUAGCCCAGGUCUCUCUAGUAAUAGACUCCUCAGCAACUCCAAAUAAUAGAAGAAUAAGAAAGGCAUUGUAAGUUGGACAAAAUAAAUUUAUCCAUACUGAAUAUCUAAUAGCACGAAUUCAUCACCAUCAUCAUCACAAGAGUUACAUGAGUUCUAGCUCUAUCGCCGUGUCUAUCAAUAUCUAAUCUCACACAGCAUGGAGAUAAAACUCUGACAUAAGUAAAAGGAUUUCGAAACCACAUAAGUACAACUGAAGAAAAUAAACAAACAUGUUAAUGAGAACAAGAAUUUGCAACUUCUAAUCCGGA